UUUACAAAGUUAUCGGUGAUUCUUACCUUCACAUGGCCGCCGAAGAAUAACCAGUUUUGGUUCAGAGCAUUGAUGUGCAUUAACAUUUUAUUGUCGCUUUUAUUAAUUUGGCCGCUAGUGCUUUCGAUAAUUAAAUACCGUAAUAAUUUGUUGAUUGUUAUUAAGUCUGUGAUUGUAAUUGGUGGUCUUUCAAAUUAUUAUAUAAUUGUUGUAAGAAUUUAUCAAAAAGAAUUACAGCAACUAAACUCGUCAUUGGAAGAAUUUGUAGCGAAUGCAAACGCCAAUGAAAGAAAAACUUUGCAGAAGUACAUCAACAAGUGCUGGAAAUUCCAGUUUUUCUUGACAUGUUGUAUUUUCGUGAUGGUAACAGCAUUCACAGUCGGCCCGGCGUGGCUGCCCCAGAAGUUUCCCAGCGACGCGAUUUACCCCUUUUCGGUGGAACAUCCAAUUGUUGCGGGGAUCGUUUAUAUGCACCAAUGUCUGAUUGCUUACCAGAGCUUCGAAGGGAUGGUUCUUGACUGUCAGGCGGCGCUUUUCAUCUGGUUCAUCAGUGUUAAAUUCGAUUUAAAUUCGAUUUCGCUACAUUCAAAAAUACCAAAAUUUGUUGAGGUAAUUAAUUUUAAUUUGAUUUUUUUAUUAAUUUUUAUUAGAUACGCGAAAAUAAUGAUUGCCCCGACCAGAAUAUUGGCACUUUUUACAGUAUUUAUUACUAAGUUGGGAAUAAUUAUAAGUGGGAUAUUUUUGAUCUCAAAUACACUACUGGCUGUAAAAAUUCAAUUUGGAUUAAUGGCGCUGAGUAUGAUAAUAAAUCUCUACGUUUGCAUCUGGCCUGCUAAUUAUUUGCUAACUAUUUCUAGCAAGAGUUUGUCUGACGAGAUAUUUGGUCUGACGUGGAAGCAUGACUCUAAAACAAGAGUUUUAUGGACGAUAGUUCUUCGUCAAGCCCAAAAACCUGUUGCUAUAAAUGUUCCAGGCCUACUUGAUACUCUCUCCAAUGAAUAUUACUCAACAUUAUUCUCAGCUGCAUUUUCAGCUUUUGCGACAAUUCGUGUCGCUGUCGCUGUUAAUGCAUAA